AUGAUCUUGUCCGGCUUGCUUCUGGGCAGCUUAAUUUCUUGGACCGCUUUUGCUCUUAGUUCAAGUGUGGAAUCACAAAAGGUCCAGGCGAUUCAUGGCCAGUCCCAGACGCCUUUGGUCGACAUGUCAACGCUGUCGGAGACUGAAUACACAAUGCUCGGUCAUCCAGCAUUCCCGCGCUAUUGCGUUCGUGUAAAGAAGUCAAACUUCUGCGACGGAACGGUCAAUUCUUACACUGGCUACAUAGAUAUCGAGGCGCGACAUUUGUACUUUUAUUUCUUCGAAAGCAGAGCAGACCCAGACAAAGACGAUGUGAUCUUUUGGGUGAAUGGAGGUCCCGGUGGGUCCUCCGCGAUGGGACUAUUCAUGGAAAUGGGUCCGUGCAGGGUCGUAAAUUCCACCCACACAGAGUACCACCCAUACUCUUGGAACUCAAAUGCUAAUAUCUUCUUCGUCGACCAACCGGUAGGCGUCGGAUAUUCAUAUGCAGAUUACGGUGAAACUGUGACUACAACCGAGGAGGCUGCAAAAGACAUAGCUGCAUUUAUUGCUAUAUUCUUCGAAAAUUUCAGUAAAUUUAAAGGGAGACCAUUGCACAUGGCAAGCGAGUCAUAUGGAGGACGAUAUAUUCCCGUUUUUGCGUCUGAGGUAUUCGAUCAAAACCAGAAGUUGGCUCAGGCUGGAUUGGUACCUGUCAAUUUAACAUCCAUUAUGAUAGGAAACGGGGACACAGAUAUUUUCACUAUGGGACUGUCAUACUACGAUAAAUCAUGUACCGCGGCGUCAGGCUCUCCGAUUCUCGAUAUUAGAACAUGCAUUAAGAUGAAGCAAGUUCUCCCUAGAUGUAAAAAAUGGAUGACAGAAUCUUGUAUAGACCAAUUUGAUGCCAUUAGUUGCAGUGCUGCAGUGUCGUUCUGUGAAGAGCAAUUAAUAGGACCUUUCUCCGCCACCGGUAUCAGUCCAUACGAUAUCACACGCAAAUGCGAAGGCGCACCUGAAAAGACUGCCUGUUACUUCCUCACCGAAGAUGUCGAAAAGUACAUCAACCUCCCCGAAACUCGGCAAGCUAUGGGUAUUGAUUCCACCGCGCCCAAAUUCAAUAUAAUGUCUAUGAAGGUUAAUAGUGAUUUUGCUAAUACCCUCGAUGGCUUGCAUCCAACCUACGACCAUGUCGCAGCGCUACUGGAUCGGGGUGUGCGUGUCUUGAUCUACGUCGGGAGAAACGAUUGGAUCUGCAACGAUCUCGGAAAUGAAGCUUGGACGACACAGUUUGACUGGAGUGGACAUGACGAAUUUGCAUCGCAGCCACUGAGGGAAUGGAAAAUUGACGAUCGGAAGGCUGGUUUCACCAGAAGUGCGAAAGGAUUGACGUAUGUCAGUGUUGACGGGGCGGGACACAUGGUGCCUUUUGACAAGCCCAAGGAAUCACUAGUGCUUGUAACUCGAUGGUUGAAUAAUCAGGAAUUGUAG